AUGCUUAAAUCCGAAAAGAGAGAAAAGGGAAGUCACGAACGGAGAAGUACAUAUUACUUAGCAAGUUUUCUCCUGCCAACCCUUCUGGGCGUGUACGCGUACAGAUUCCUGCGGGAGAAAGCAAGAGCCGUCCCUAGAAACUACGACGUGUUCUUGAGCUUCAGAGGCGGAGACACCCGCACCGGCUUCACUGAUUUCCUUUACAACAGCCUGGUAGCUGCUGGGGUCCGCGUGUUCAGGGACGACGAUGCGCUCCCGGUCGGCGAGGAGAUUGGCCCGGAGCUUCUCCGGGCUAUCAAUAGUUGUAGGAUUGCGAUCCCCAUCAUCUCUGAACAGUAUGCAGAGAGUAAAUGGUGUCUCCGUGAGCUCACCGAGAUUAUGGAGUGCCACGACAAGCACGGAUUAUCCGUCUUCCCUGUAUUUUAUAUGGUGGAUGUUUCUGACGUAGCUCGCCAAUUCGGUAAAUUUGGAGAGGCUUUAAGGAAACAUGAGUUGCAGUUCAGCUCAGAAGUGCAGGGCUGGCAGAAAGCGCUGUUUCUUGUAACGAGGAUUAGAGGAUGGUCAUCACAAACCGUUGCCAAUGGGUAUGCAGGAGAGCUGGUGAAAAUGAUGGUUGCAACGGUUUUAAGUGAAUUGAAGACGACGUGGAUCGAACGGCUGCCCAUAAGAUCAGUGUAUCUGUACUUUUCGGAGAAGACAAAAAGAGAAAGUAAUUGGCAAGUGUUCUUGUCAUUUCAUGGUCCUGAUACUCGAUCCAGCUUUGCUGCUUAUCUCUACGUUAGCCUUGUAGCUGCAGGAAUCAGUGUGUUCAACCAUGAUGAUCCUUCCCUCAUAGGUAGAGAUUUUAGAGAUGAGAUUUGGAAAGCCAUAGAACACUGCAAGAUAUCCAUUCCGAUUCUAUCGAAAAGUUAUGUCUCCUCUCAUUGUUGCCUCCAUGAGCUAGCUCGAAUGGUUGAUUGCAAGAGAACAAAGGGCCAAAAGAUAUUGCCCAUCUUCUUUGAAGUGAAGAGAGAGAACAUGCUUCGACAUCGAGAGCUAGUCGAUGGAAGUACUUGUGAACGGUGGGAGCAAGCUCUGAGGGAGGUUGGGUCCUCCAAAGGAUGGGUAUCAGAGAAAAUCGCCAAUGGAGACCAAGGGGUCCUUGUAAAACGGGUGGUCAAGGAGGUUUCAAGGUUGUCGAAGAAUUCCCAGACACACGAUCCCCCUAUGCCUAUUGAUUCACCAUUGAUUCAGGCUUCAGGGUUCGCGGUUGAAAUAAAAUCUGGACAGGAGAAAAGAAGCACUGUCCUUCGUAACUACGAUGUGUACUUGAGCUUCAGAGGUGGUGACACACCCACUGGCUUCACCGAUUUCCUCUACAACAGCCUGGUAGCUGCUGGGGUCCAUGUGUUCAGAGAUUAUGAUGCGCUCCCAGUCGACGAGGAGAUAGGCCAGGAGCUUCUCUGGGCCAUCAGGACUUGUAGAAUCGCUAUCCCCAUCAUCUCACAGCAGUAUGCGCAGAGUAAAUGGUGCCUCCGCGUGCUCGCUGAGAUGAUGGAUUGCCACAGAAAGCAUGGCAAAUCAGUCUUCCCUGUAUUCUAUAAUGUCCUUUUUGAUGAUGUAGUUUGCCAACGAGGUAACUUUAAAGAGGCUUUCUGGAGACAUGAGAAGCAAUGCAGCUCAGAAGAAGUGCUAGAAUGGUGGGAAGCGCUGAGUUCUGUAGCUUGUAUUAAAGGAUGGAUGUCACAAACCAUUGCUAACGGGCAGGAAGGAGAGCUUGUAAAAACAGUGGUAGCAAAAGUUUUGAGUGAAUUGGAUACAACGUGGAUUGAACGGCUCCCCAUUUUCAUAAGAUCAGCGUAUCUUUACUUUUCGGAGAAGAAAAGAAGACAAACUAAAUGGCACGUGUUUUUGAACUAUCGUGGCCCUGAUACUCGACGUGGCUUUGCUGCUUACCUCUACAUUAGCCUUGUGGCUGCAAAAAUCAAAGUAUUUAGCACUUAUGAUCCCUCCCUCAUAGGUACAUAUGUUGGCUGUGAGAUUCAGAAUGCCAUUGACCACUGCAAGAUAUCUAUUCCUAUUCUCUCUGAAAAUUAUGCCUCCUCUUGUUAUUGCCUCGAUGAGCUAGCUCAAAUGGUUGAAUGCAAGAGAACCAAGGGGCAAAAAAUAAUGCCCAUCUUCUAUAAAGUGAAGCCCUCAAACGUGCGAGACGUAUCGCAUCGUUUUGGAGAGGACAUGCGUCUACACAAGGAGCUGGUCAACGAAAUUGCUUACGAGCGGUGGGAGCGAGCUCUUAGAGAGGUUGGGUCUUCCAAAGGAUGGGUAUCAGAGAAAAUUGCCAAUGGGCACGAAGGAGUACUUGUGAAACGGGUCGUCAAGGAGGUUUCGAGGUUAUUGAACAAUCCCCAAACACAUGAACCUCCAUCCCCGUCCACUAAAUACUGAUUAAAUCCUGAAGUUAGUAACGACUUAUAUUUAGCAUAUUUGAUUUCCGUUUUCAUAAGAGGGUUCGUAUGAUGAUCAAACGUGUCGUCAUAUGCAUUGUUAUUCUAAAUGCUGGCCAUGAUUCUUUUGGAGUUAAGAAACGUGUUAUGAAUGUUGUGUUAUAUAAUCUGUUUAAUGAACAUGUUGGUAGA